AUGGCAUCACUAGAUCUCGACGGCAAGUCCAUUGUGGACUUUCUGCCAGACCACCCGACGCCUGCCAUCUACGCCGCCUCGGUCCGGGACUACAUGACACACGCCCAAUUGAAGCAAUUCGUCCAGGGUUUCCGCCUCCCUUCAACACAGAGCUUCAAGAAGGAAGUCGUUGCAGUAGCACUACCAAACGGACCUAUACUAGCCGCCACCAUCCUUGCCGUUUCGACCUACUACACUGCCGCCCCGGUCACGCCAGGUGUUGGUGUUGAGCAGUUCAAGGCCGACGUCCUGCAAGCCGGAGCCACAAUCGUCUUGACAACCGCCGAGGAUUACCAGAAACUGGCCCUACAGGAUGGAUGGGUUGCAGAGGCAGGAAUCCAGAUCUGCCUGGCUCGGAUAGAAUCAGACAUGAGCAUUACAGUUACGAGCGAAUCGGGUUCCAGCCUCGGAGCCCUCGCUGCCCCGCAGCCAAGCGCCCCCAAGGAUACAUGUAUUCAGCUCUUUACGAGUGGUACAUCAGGAAACAAGAAGCUCGUUCCAAUUUCCAUACACGCAGCUAUUAGCGGCGCCCACCAGGUCAUUACCUCUUGGGGCUUGACGCCACAGGAGACGUGCCUGAAUAUGAUGCCGUUACACCACGUCGGAGGACUUAUUCGCAACGUUUUUGCUCCCAUUUUCGCCGGAGGAUCAACAAUUUGUUGCUCUGGCUUUGACCCCGGAUUGUUCUGGGACCUGGUUGACCAGGAAUUGCCAACAUGGUACUAUGCAUCCCCCACGAUGCACUCGCUCAUCUUGAACGAGGGCAUCAACCGACAGGCAGAUAUGAGCAAGAGCAGGAUUCGCCUCAUCUGCAAUGCCGCUGGUGGUUUGCUGCCCGCACUUGCAGAGCAAUUGAGGGACACUUUCAAUUGUACCGUAUUGCCAAGUUACGGAAUGACCGAAUGUAUGCCCAUCUCAACACCUCCCUUGGAUUACAAGCUAGACCGUGAAGGUACUUCGGGUAUCUCGGUCGGCCCUGAACUCACUAUUCUCGAUGGUGCAGAAAGGCAGGCACCUCCACACACCAUCGGUCGUAUCAGUGUCCGUGGUUCGCCAGUCUUUGAGGGAUACCUGAAGCCCGAUGGCAGCCUAGACAGGUCUCCAUUCAAUGCAGAUGGCUGGUUCGACACUGGCGACUUGGGUUACAUGGACGAGGACGGCUUUCUCUACAUUACGGGCCGCUCUAAAGAGGUCAUCAACCGUGGUGGAGAAAUCAUCUCGCCGUUUGAGGUCGAAAACGCCAUCGUCUCGGCUGCAGCCGACCCUGACAGCCCCAUCUUCGAGCGAGUGUCCCAGGCGCUGGCGUUUGGUCUUACCCAUGACGUGCUCCAAGAAGUCGUCGGUAUCGUGCUGGUCACACCAAAGGGUAAGCCACGCGUCGAUAUCCGUGUUCUUCAUGUCGCCAUGCGAUCGCUUCUGCAACAGGCCAAGUGGCCAACCAUGAUUGUCUACAUGGACGACGUUCCAAAGAGGAACAACAAGGUUUUGCGAACCAAUCUGGCCAAGCGCCUGAGUCUUCCAGAGCAGACCGGAACGACAUCGUUCAUGGAGAAGCAUUGGGAAGCGGUCUGCCCGCCAGUCGACACUCCUCUUGCGGAGCCGAUUUCGGCUCGCCUAUGCACAGUUGACGUAGCUCAACUGCAAGAUGUCGCCAGCCAGAUUAUGCCGACCAUUAUCGAGGCAUACGUCGACAUCAGCUCUGAUGGAAGGCCAGAGAUGUUCCUGGCACCCAGGCCAGCAACUGAGGUUACCAAAGAAUACGGUCUCGCCGCCGUUGCAGAUCUCAAAAAGCUGUUGCCAGCCAGGACCGACAACUACAACAUUCCAGAGCGGAUACAAUACUUGGAGCAGCCUAUUCCCUUCUGUGGCUGCGGUACAGUUGACAAGAAAGCACUUCACGCCAUUGCGGAGCAACAAAUCAGCAAUGCCGAGAAUGCCAGUGCUGACAACCUGGAUGAGGCCGUGGUCCAGAUCAUGGGCAAGGUUUUGUCUCGUAGCCCAACUGACAUUGAAGUGACUGCGGACUUCUUCUCCAUUGGCGGAGACUCAAUUCUUGCUGGUCGUCUUCUUUCAAUGCUCAGAGCCGAAUUCAAGGUUUCCGUGCCAAUCGAGUUUGUCUUCAACCACGGCUCUGCCCGCGAGAUUGCCAAGUACCUGGAGCAGGAGGGCGCUUCCUUGAACGGAUCCGACUCGAGCUCUACCAACGAGAAGGAUUUCCACUUCUGUGACAAGCAGUACUCGGCUACCAACCUUUUCCUCAUGCUGCUUCAAUUAAUGCCCAUGGUCCUCUUCUACCCCAUGCGCCGCGCGCUUCAAUGGACAAUCUUCAUGGUCGUUCUCAGUUGCACCCUCAGGUGGCCUACAAACCAGUCAGUUAUCGGUCGUCUCCUGAUUCUAGUUUGCAGUAUUGCUGCAUCCAAGGUGAUUCUGAGUAUCUUCUCGCCGUUUGUUGGUAUCAUCUGCAAAUGGGUCAUCAUCGGACGCCACAAGGCUGGAUACUAUCCCAUGUGGGGACCUUACCACACCCGCUGGUGGUUGGUCCAGAAGAUCACCGACAUCUGUGGAGUGGGUGUCUUUGGCAUGUCCAACUGGAGCAAGUGUAUGUACUACCGCCUAAUGGGCGCCAAGAUCGGAAAGAAUGUCACCAUCAACGGCGCUCGGACUGGUGAGUGGGAUCUUCUUGAUAUCAAGGAUGGUGCCGUGCUUGAGCACUGCACUAUUCGCCCCUUCGCUGGAGAGAGGAACACGACCAUGUACCUUGCGCCCAUCACCAUUGGCCGCAACGUCGUCAUCAACAAGGCCUCGAUUGUCGCGCCCGGUUGCAGUGUUCCCGACAAUGCCUGCAUGCCGCCGAACUCAUCUGCUUGGGAACUGGAGGACACUGACGAGAGCUUCCGUGACCUACCCUCGAACCGCGUCCCCGGCGCUCCUUGGGUGAUGACAAUCCUUGUCACCAUGCCUCUUGCUUUCAUCAGCUACAUCCUGUCCUUGGUUCCCUGGGCACUUGGUCUACUCGGUCUUGUCAUGGCUAAGCCCAUUCCGACCGACCACCCUGUGCGCAGUGUUAUUCACUGGUUUGCAUCAGAAGGUAGAGUCGGUUACCACUACCUUGCACUGGUACUUCGAUCCAUGUUUAGCCCUUUCUUCGUCUUUGCCUUUGCUGUCGCCGUCCGUCUAUUCCUCGACGUCUGGUUUGGCAAACUCAAGCCCAGCCCUGCAGCCACCCGAAGCUCUGUUGAUAGAUGGCGCAUGGCCCUUAUGAAGAAGAUCAUGCCUGUAUCCAAGCUGCACAAGAUGACUGAGAUUCUGGGUCAGCACUACGAAGGAACAUCGGUUGCAGUCAGACUUCUAGGUGGCAAGGUCGGUAAGCGUGUCUACUGGCCCGGUACUGGCCCAUCCAUUGGCGACUACCACCUCAUUGACAUUGGUAACGAUGUUGUGUUUGGCUCGCGCUCUCACCUGGUUACUUCUGACGGCCUCAGCUCUGAAAAGGUUAAGAUUGGUGACAACGCCAUGAUUGCGGACAGAGUCUGCCUGCUGCCCGGUGUCGAAGUGGGUAAGAGUACAGUCAUGGGUUCGGGCGCUCUUUCAAGGCGUAACAAGUUCUACGAAGACAACAGCACCUGGGUCGGCUCUCGAGGAGGUGAUGCUAUCCACUUGGCUCGCCCACGCCCGAAGCAGUCUGACCCCGAGAAGACUUAUUCCGAAAAGACCGACCCCAAGAAGCUCAACCUCGACACAUCCUUUUCCGAAAAGGCAAACCAGAAGCGCGUGCGUGUUCUCGUGGAGUCUGCCACCUCGAGCGGAGUCAGCUCCAGUGCCUCAUCGACGCUCGCAUCAGUCGCUCCCAUGUCGCCAAUGUCGCCAAUGACGCCCAACAUGUUGACACCAAAGGCCAGCACCAAUCAAUUGUCCAUGGGCGCUCCUCAAAACGGAAUCCUGUCAAACAAGUCCAGCCGUCAAGUCUUGAUUACGCCUCAGGAGGCAGCUGCGCGGGAGGAAGAGCUAAACCUGAGCCCCUUCGGCCGAGCCUUUUAUCAGGGCAAGGCCCCUUACAGAGUUAUGGGCCAAUUCGUCAUCUUCCUAUACUCAUCCUUUAUCACUGCAUUUACCGCGGCGCUAUGGAACAUUCCCUUUAUUCUUUCAAUCCAGAUUAUCUACUGGAUGAACUACGACGAAAUCCUGGGUCGGGGCUUCUGGAGCGAUGCCCUUCACACUUGGGGUUUCAUGACUGCAUGCAUUGUUGUCUUGACUACUGGCCUGGCCAUCUUUGCCAUCUUGCUCAUCAUCGUGGCCAAGUGGACCAUUAUCGGCCACCGAAAGCCUGGCAACUACGACUGGGACAAGAGCAGCUACUGUCAGCGCUGGCAACUUUUCUUGUCGAUCGAGAAGAUUCGUCGCCACUGCUACCGUGGCCACGGUAUUCUUGGCAUGCUUACGGGCACGCACUGGCUCGUCAUGUACUUCCGUGCGCUGGGUGCACAGAUUGGCGACAACUGCGCUCUGUUUGUGAACGGCUCCCCGAGUCUCAUGUUCACCGAGCCCGAUUUGAUUACCAUGGGUGACCGCUGCGUUGUUGACGACGCGAGUCUUGUCGGUCACAUCAACACUCGUGGUACCUUUGAUUUGAACGAGUUGCACGUUGGCGACCGUUGCGUGCUGCGAAGUGGUAGCAGACUGCUAUCGGGCGCAAGUAUGCAGAAUGACAGCUGCUUGAUGGAGCACACGCUUGUCAUGGGUGGAGACGUCGUCGACGAAAGAUCGACGCUACAGGGCUGGCCGGCAAAGGUGUUCAAGGGUGACACUGCCGGACACACGACUCUGUAA